GGGCAACCGAUAACCGAGUCGAUAACUUUCUAGCCGGCAAUCGGUCCAUCUCUAUAGCUGGAGCACAUGGUGAAUGUUAAUUUUGCGUUCAAAAUUCGAAAUAUUUUGCCGGAUUUGAAUACAAACAACCCGCCACAAUGGGCGGCCACCACAAAAAGAACCUGCGGGCGGAGAAGGCCAAAGUGAAGCUAAAGGGCGCCAAGCUGCCCAAGGGCCUAAAUGUCACCAAAACGGACUUCAAGGUGCGCAAGAUCGAGAUUCGGGAGCAGCUGAAGGAAUCCUCAUAUACGGAAACCGGUCUACGGCAGUUCAAUCUCAAGGAGACCCUCUCCCGACUGAAGCACCACAGCGUCAAGUUCCGUCAGGAUGCACUGCGUAAUGUGAGGGACUCUGUGAAGGCCGGCAGUGCUGACCACCUGAUCGGUCACCUCAACGAUCUGUUCCAGGGAAUUGCAGCCGGAGCUCUGGACAUGGAGCGUUCAGCCAGACAGGAAUCGUUUAAGACGCUAGACGUGCUGCUGGAGGCACUACAGCCAUCAGCAGUAGCUCCAUUUUUCCAUGUGAUCGCCACAUACUUGCGGUGUGCCAUGACCCACGUGCUGCCGGCUAUCCAGGAGGACUCUCUACUCAUGCUAGACGUGCUGCUGCAGCGAGUGCCACCGGCUCUUCUGGCAGAGCGCAGUGCCAGCGUCAUCAUCGGCAACUUCAUCGACAUGAUCUCCCGCUCGCGCCACGACAACGAGCGGGCCAAUCGCACGCUUACUCUGAAUCUGGGCCAGGGGAAGCAGACCACUGUGAAGUGGCGCACAAAGGUGCUGAUCCGCCUGCACCAGAUACUCGGCACUCUGGUCCACCAGGGCGGCAAGACCCUAAAGUCCUCCCCGAGCCGACUAAUCAAAUUCGAGGAGAAUCUUCCUCAGUUCUACAAUGUUCUCGCUCCGCACCGGCAGGACCUGCGGGACCUGCACGCUAUCCUGAAUGAGAGCAGCUUGAGCGCCGAGGGGUUCCGCCUGCAGACCUACGUGGAGCAGCUGAUGCCUCUGCUCCAGGACAACUGGCUGGAAGUGCGCCCGCAGAUACAACAGCCACUGCUCAGCCAGGAUGCGGCCGCUAGUCUGCACGUUGUCGUGGGCCUGAUGACCCUGCUUUGGACUCUGAUUGGGCAGCAUGAGGCUGCCAAUAACACCACGGACCUCAGCGAAUGGCUAAGAACGAACUACGCCAAGAAGUUCCUCCUCAACUUUCUGGACAAGGACGGUGCUCGGUUUCCCUACCAACAGAUCCCUGGCACGGCCAAGAAGGCGUCGAAGGAGAAGGGCCCAGCCGAUGGCGGAGAGCUCUGCUUGCCGCAGAAUCUCGGCAUCGUCCAGUUGACCUGUCACUUCCACCCCAAUCCUACCCAGAAACAGGGCCAGCUCUUCGGUCACCUGGUGAACUACCUGCAGCAGAGCCUGCAGCAUUUGGGAUCGCUGCCCCCGGAACAGCAGCUCCAGCUGGUUGAAGCCCAGCGCCCGCUGCUCCUGGAGAACGCCAGAGUCCUACUAGACAUUGUGCCCGAACCACUGACCAAUCUGCUGACCGCCUCCAUCCAGGCCUACGUGGGCCAGAAGUACACCACGCGCGAGGGCGUAGCCACCCGGGUCCUUAGCCUGUUCUGCGACAUCAUAGAACGUGCGGAUCUCUACACCCGCUAUGGAGGCGCCGAGCGGUUUGGCCCCUUCCUGGGCUAUUUGCCCCAACUGCUCCUGAAGCCGACGGUUGGCGAGGGCACGCUGCGUGCCAUGGCCACUCUGUGCCGCCAACUGAACGCGGUCUUCAUGUCCGCUCUGAUCCAGGCCGCCCCGGAAGUGGUCGGCCACCUGGGAAAGUUGCAAGUGACCGGCGAGGCGGAGGGCGAGGACAAGUUCGAGAACCAGAAGCGCGUCCUCAAUCUCUUCUACUACGCCAGGGACUUGGAUAAGCAGCGGAAACUGGAGCAGGCCCUGAAGGAAGUGGAGCAAGAAGGCAGCCAGGAAGCCGCCAGCUACCUGAAGGCGGUGCUGAGCCUCGGUUAGGAUAGUGAUAGAUUUUAGUGACAAUAACUAUAAGAGUACUUUAGGUUAUAGAUGUAAGGUUCGUUUAAUACAUUUAUGUGGAACUCCCGCAUAUUCCAGGCUGAUAGUCGUGCAACAAGUUAACAAAGAAGCGGAAAGUGGCUUUCGUAGACUAGUUAUCCCUUUAAUAGCUACCUCCUACCCGUAAGGACUCUGUAUAUAAAGAAAACUUAUGUAGAAAUACUUUGUAAAUA